CCCUGUCACGUGACGAGGUCAGUAGUUCCGGGGUCAGGGCUCGCUCAGCUAACAUCAAGCAAACCGUUGACGGUAACACGGAAACAGAACGAGCUGACUGUCCUCUCCUCCGGGACGUUCUCCUCCGCUACCAGCGAGCCUCCUGCCUCUGGAUCCCGGCUGUUCCCGCCUCUUCCUCCGUCCUCCUGGUCCGCACCGGUCAAUAAGCCUGAAGCAUGUCGGCAGUGCAGCGGAUGAAAGUGGCAAACGAGCGACACAGCAAGACGAUCACACAGCGGGGACACGUCCAGAAAACGUCGCGGCCAGUAAACGAUGAGAAGUCUCCGGUGGGCCCGUGGCUGCUCGCUCUGUUCGUCUUUGUGGUUUGUGGAUCAGCCAUCUUCCAGAUCAUCCAGAGCAUCAGGCAGGGCAUGUGAUGAUCUUUGACCCCAGAGAUGCUGAGCCCGAUGGAGGGAGGGAGGGGCACACCGCCUUCAAGACACACCCCCAACACACUCUCUCACACACACACUUGUACCUGUGGAGUCUGGACUCUUCCCUCUCUCUCUGCAGCACAUCGCCUGUUUGUUUACUCCCGUCUCUGUCGAUGAAGCUGAUCCAUCACAUAUUGAUAAUUGGUUCCUGUCAGAUGAAGUCUUAAAUCCUCUUCCUGUUGGUCGUCCAGCUGCUCUCUCUCGUCUCUGCUGCUUUUCUCAGUCCCCGGUUUAAAGGGACAAAGCGCUGUUCUUCCUGCUGUCGGCUCAUUAAUCAUAAAUCCUUUCUCAGACCGUCGCUCAGUCUUUAGGACCCUCGUGAGUCUGAGCUCAUUUGCUCAGAAAGACUCAGCCAUCAUACUGUGAAUCAUUGUAAUAACAGGACAAAGUUACGGUUCAGACAGAUGUUUACAUGCAGCACGCCUCAGAUUUUAAACUUUUGUACAUUGAAGCCUGAGAAGAGCAGCCCAGCCUGGAAGACUUUUAAUGUGAAAAAAAAGAAUGUCUUCCAAAUUAAAAGUCUAACACACCUGUUCUAGUUUCAGUUCAUAUUGAGUGUAUUUGUUGUGAAUUUUGUAUUUUUGUCAAUAAUAGUUCAGUGAUUUAUGUGAUUUCGAGUGCUGUUGCUAACCGCUGUUUAAUGACUGCUUAUUACUUAGUGUUUCAAAUGUGAAACAAACAAAAAGAACAAAUCUAUUUAUUUCUGAGGAGCCGUUUAAUUCAUUCCGCUGAUUAUUCAGUCGCAUAUCAUAAGUGUUAAUAUUAGAAAUGGUUUAAAGACUAACAUUUACUUUAAAGAAGCAAUUUUAGCUUUUCUGCUGGAGCUCUUUAGUUUCAACCACAGCUGUUACUCUAAUCUCUCCUCUGGUAACUUUCACUUACAUUUAGUGCGUCUUCUUCACAAUAAACCCUGCUUGAGCUGUGAUUGGUUAUAUUUGUGAUGAAUUAAUGAAAGAGUUAAGUUACAGAUAAAAUGUUUAUUUUGAACUCAGGGUUGAAAUCUGCAGAUUGCGUCUAUCAGCAGCACGUCUCUCAUCCAAAACACUUUUUUUUGAGUGAGUGUGAAACAGGAAGUAUAUGAAUCACAUGAAGAAGAAGUCAGAGCUUCAUCUUCUGUGAGCGCUAGUUACAAAUGUCUCACGGGGCCUCGUAAAUUCUUCUUUUAGCUCUCAGAUUUUCAGAGGUCCAAAGUCAUUUAAAGUAAAUGAAUCUGGGCUUUAAUGGCGUCGUGCAGAUGAAGCGACGAACAGACUGUCAGCAGGGUGAAAAGUCGUUGAAUUAAAGCACACAGGAAGUGAUUGUGAAUGCAGGUUCAUGCUGGAUCAUCGUGUGAAGUUUACAGGCUUCAGACUGGAAAUGUGAUUUCUCUUUAAAAACAGCGCUUUGCUCCUUUAAGUCCCUUCCCCUCCACACACUUUCAGUUCUUCUGCUGUAAAUGAAGUAAAACAAGCUGAUGAAACGAGCUCCGUCAUUACAAACGUCCUGCUGACGUUUCCAUGUGAAGCAGUCGGAGACGUUCCUUCAGCUGGAUGACACGCUCCGCUUUGAUACUAAAUAAAGCUCCAAUAUUUUUCUCUA